AUGGCUUCGCCGCUCGAAGACGAUGUCUUCGAGAAGCUGAGGCAGAAACUCGACCCGCAGGAGCAGGCGAAGCGGGAUCAGGAAGCAAACGCUCGGAUACACGCGCAAUAUGAGAGAGCACAAGCUAGAGUUGCGGAGCUGGUCGGAAGCAACUCAACCCUUCCCGUCACCAUAUCCUCCGUCCGGGUACUUCACGCGACACAUACUCGGAGAGGCUUUCUCGAACGAAUCUUCAAUCCCCUGCUGAGCGCCAACAAGGACGGUCCUCAGACGCUUGAAGAUGUCCUUCAAGAAAUCCAUACCGCUGCGGACAAGCUGAAACGUUUUGACAUCUUCAAGCCCCCUAUCUCCAUCUUCAUCGACAAGCCUGACCCCUCGAACCCCUCCACCACGCCCACCGACAUCGACGUCUACCUCUCCGCCCGUGAGAAGUCCCGUUACACCAUCCGCACCGGCACCGAAGCCGGUCACGCCGAAGGCUCCGCCUACCUCAAUGGCACCUUUCGAAACAUCUUCGGCGGCGCCGAGACCCUCAAUAUUGGCGGCUCUUUAGGCACACGCACGCGAUCAGCCUACUCCGUCGCUUUCGACACGCCCGUCCUCAGCAAUCCCGACCUACUCUUGGAGCUCGGUGGCAUGUCGAGUUCGACACUAAAGAACUGGGCAAGCCAUGAGGAAGUCCUGAAGGGCGGCGCGACGAAGCUGAAAUGGAUAGCGGGCGGAGGUCACAGGCACGAGCUUGGCUAUUCGGGCAGCUGGCGGCAGAUAACGGGACUAGCUGAGAACGCGUCGCCUACCGUCCGCGCGGACGCAGGAGACAGCUUUAAGAGCAGUGUCUCGCAUACUUGGAUCAAUGACCAGCGAGAUACGCCGCUGCUACCAUCGAGAGGCUAUUUCUUGAAGUCGACCACCGAGAUUGCUGGCUUCGGUCCGCUCAAGGGCGACGUCGGCUUCGGGAAGCUCGAGUUGGAGAGUCAGGCUGCGAUUCCGAUACCCGUUCCAGGUAUCGAAGGCGAAAGCGGCGUAUCGUUUACCGCUGGACUGCGAGCGGGCAUGCUCUACCCGCUCACAGUCGGCGGCGGCGACAUCCCAGUCCAAUCACGUAUCAACGACCGGUUUCAGCUCGGUGGACCUACCGACGUCCGCGGCUUCCGGCUUUCAGGCCUAGGACCCCGAGACGGGCCCAAUGCCGUCGGCGGAGAUGUUUACGCCGCUGGUGGCGCCAGUUUACUUAUACCGCUUCCGCGUGUUGGUAAAGACACGCCAUUGCGGCUGCAGGCAUUCAUCAACGGCGGUCGGUUACUGGCGCUCAAAGGCAAGCCGAAGGAGGGCGUCAUGGACAGCGAUGCGGUUGCGGACGGCAUGAAGCGGACGCUCAGGGAGGUGACGACUGGGCUGCCGAGUUGCGCGGCUGGGCUUGGGCUGGUGUACGCGCACCCGAUGGCGAGGUUUGAGCUGAAUUUCAGCUUGCCGCUUGUGCUGAGGAAAGGAGAGGAGGGGAGGAAGGGGGUUAGCUUCGGUGUUGGUAUUAGUUUUUUGUAG